UCCGCGCCUCUCUCCUCCCAACUUUCUUACAGCCGCUAGGUCUAUUUGUGUAGGAGAAGGAGAGGUGAAAACCCCGCGUCCAAGGAAACACCAAAUUUUGGAAAUCGACGAUUGAUAUUGAGUAGCAAAGCAAAACGAUCACCCCGAUUGCGAAAGGGAGAACGUCCAUGAGAAAAUGCUUGCAACAGCUACCAUUCACCAUCCACGGUCCAUAGCCUCAGCCACUCGCGCCAGAUCAUGGGCAACAUGUCGAGGUCUUUGACAUUUGGAAACGUCAGAAAAGUUGCACAAUUCUUUGGCAAGACCCAAAGGAACAGCCAGUUAUAUCUGAGGAAGUAUGAGAUAACUGCUAUCAUUGGGCUUCGUCUGCCCCAAUACAGAUUAUAUUCACAUUAUGGAUUUCCUUGUAGAAGACAUUGUCCCUUUUCAUUUUACAAUUCUGAGGAGCGUGUGUUGAGAAGUGGCUUCUCCAGGAGUUACUCUCUCGUCUCAGCGAGUAGCGUAGUGACACAUCAUGCCCAACUUGCUUGGAGAAGGCUCUUCCGAAAAUAUACUUUCAGUGGUCGUACUUUACCAUGCAUAAGUAGAAUUGCUCAAGCAGUCAGUUUGGCCUUGACCCGCUCGCACCUUGUCAUUCCUGGUAUUUUUGGCUUAACAUGUGGACAAGUAGCAUGGGCACAGAGAACAUUAGGAGACACAGAUCACUACACAUUACAGAAUUCUUUGUACGUGCGUGCACAAGAUGGGCAUGCAUACAUGACAUCACUGGUAUUUUCAGUGGUAGAAGUAGUUGUCUUGCUAGUAAGAGCUCUCUAUUUAUCAAUUUUGUUCUCACCCAGUAUCAUGAUGGCACCAUUUGUUAGUCUUGGUGGACCUGAGUUUAGGAAGAUGUGGCUUCGGGUUGUUCACCGUUCGUUGGAGAAAGCAGGUCCUGCAUUUAUUAAAUGGGGUCAGUGGGCAGCUACGCGGCCAGAUCUCUUCCCAAGAGAUUUAUGCACUAAACUUUCAGAGCUACAUAGCAAGGCUCCUGAACAUAGCUUUGCUUACACGAAGAAGACUAUUGAAAGAGCUUUUGGUCGCAAGAUUUUGGAAAUUUUUGAACACUUUGAAGAGGCACCUGUAGCAUCUGGAAGCAUUGCUCAAGUGCAUCGGGCUUCCUUGAGAUUUAGAUACCCUGGUAAACAACAAGUCAAGCCUACGUUAGUCGCUGUAAAGGUCAGACAUCCUGGGGUUGGUGAGUCAAUUAGGAGAGAUUUUGUGAUAAUCAAUGCCGUAGCAAAGAUUUCAACAUUCAUUCCAACUCUAAAGUGGUUGAGAUUGGAUGAGAGUGUACAACAGUUUGCAGUUUUUAUGAUGUCUCAAGUUGACCUUGCCAGGGAAGCUGCAAAUUUGAGCCGCUUUACAUAUAAUUUUCGCAAAUGGAAGGAUGUCUCUUUUCCUAAGCCUGUUUAUCCACUUGUGCAUCCUUCUGUCUUGGUGGAAACUUAUGAGCAAGGGGAGAGUGUGUCACACUAUGUGGAUGAGCUUCAAGGACAUGAACGGAUAAAAACUGCUCUUGCUCAUAUCGGGACACAUGCACUUCUUAAGAUGCUUCUGGUGGACAACUUUAUUCAUGCAGACAUGCAUCCUGGAAAUAUCCUAGUCCGCGAGUCUCGGAGCAAGUCUUCUCGGAAACGGAUUUUCAAAUCAAAGCCUCAUGUCGUUUUUAUUGAUGUAGGCAUGACUGCUGAACUUUCUAAGAGUGAUAGAGUAAAUUUGGUGGAAUUUUUUAAGGCUGUUGCAACUCGAGAUGGCCGCACUGCUGCUGAAUGCGCUCUCAGAUUAUCAAAGCAACAAAGAUGCCCAAACCCAAAAGCUUUUAUUGAGGAAAUGGAAGAGGCAUUUACUUUCUGGGGUACACCAGAGGGUGAUUUAAUCCACCCUGCUGAGUGCAUGCAGGAAUUACUUGAGAAAGUAAGGCGUCAUGAGGUCAAUGUUGACGGCAAUGUAUGCACUGUGCUGGUUACAACUUUGGUUCUUGAGGGUUGGCAACGGAAGCUUGAUCCUGGAUAUAAUGUCAUGCAUACGUUACAGACUUUGUUGCUUCGAGCUGACUGGGCAAAAUCUCUUUCUUACACCAUUGACGGUUUGAUGGCCCCAUGAGAAGGUUCUUGGCUGUUGCUGUUUUAUGACAUUUUGGUAAUAUUUGAUCCCCGAGAUAAUAGCUUAAAAUAAAGAGUAUGCCUUCGUCCACUGAAAUUUUGACCUCUUUUUUUGUUUUCUUUUUGAAAUGUGGAAUUUCAUUACAUGUAUGUAUUCUGUUUAGUUUUUGGCAAAAUUGCUGUGGAUCUUCUUAGCCUUUAAGCAGGAAGACAAAGAAAUAGUGAAAGAAAGAGAGGGUAUCUACAGAAAGAAAUAAGCAUUGACAUUUAUUUCCCCCAAUUUACAUACUUUUGUAAAUAUGUAUUUUGUUUUCUUGCAAAAAAUUUGUGUUUCUGGUAAAUUUCAGAAUGCUGUACGUUUUGUUACUUCUUUGUAAUGGGGAGUGUUGAGUUGACACGAUGGAGAACUGACUGAGCUUUGGCAUUGUUA